AUGAGCACAGAAGUAAAUCAAAAAAGUACAAAUAUAUCAGAAGAAAGAGAACUUAUUACUAAUACAGUAACAAAUAAUACGCAUAAUAACCCGAGUAACCCUAAAUUAAACAUAUUUAUAAAUACAACAGGAAGACUUAUCCAGAAUGGAGGAUUUCUUUAUAUGUACUUAAUAUUCUCUAAUGGUAAUAUAUAUUCAUAUUUUAUUGUUAUAUUUGUGUAUACUCUUAUACAGUGUUAUACAGUACUAUAUCAGUACAGUACUGUAUUAAAUACACAUAGUGUAAUAAGUAAUAAGUACAUAUCCUAUACUGAAAAAUUAUUAAAAAUUAAUAAUCCUAUUAUACUAUAUGUAUAUAUGACAUUAUAUAUACUACAAUGUGUAAUAUAUUCUAGUAUAUUUACCAUCCACAUAGGAAUAGAUUUGUUUUCUAUUAUAACUAUAAUAAUAAGAAGUACAACAGAAUUAAAUUUAUUUUAUUAUACGAUUACUUCUGUUAUAAUUAGUAUAAUAAUAAUUAUAGGUAUAACCCGAUAUAACCCCAAAUUAAAUAAUACUAAUACUGUAUGCAGUAUAUACCUAUCUGUAUAUAUUAUGUUAUUAUUAUGUAUUAUAGUAUACUUAAUGAUUAUAGAUAAGAAUUGGAUAUUUGCCAGUGUGCGGUAUAAUAAUAUACAGAAUAGUUGGAUGUCUGAAUUUAUUAAUGGGAUAAGUAUUUGUAUGUUUAGUAUUCCUGUUAUACAUAAUAAUAUAUAUACAGAAUCAGAUAUAAAUAUAAAGUAUACUGAAUUAUGUAUAAGUAUUGGUGUUAGUAUACUGUACGGUAUAAUUGGUAUGUUAGAGUAUGUGUUAUAUGAGUAUAGUACAUAUAAAGGUAUAAAUGGGAAUUUUAUGUAUGGGGUAAGUGAAGUAUUCACUAAGAAAUUGAGGUUAUCGGAAUAUUCGGGUAAUUGUUUUGGUAUAAAGAUUAUUUUAUUAAUAAUAACGGUAUUUGAAUUUAUUUGGAUAUUUUUACAGAUAAAUAAUGUACUUAAUCAUAUAAAAAGAGUCAAAGAAUUAAUCAUACCUGAGAUAUCUUUAAGUGUAUCAGAAUUUACGGAUACGUAUAUUAUACCUUAUUUUGAUGUGGAUUUUUCGACAGUAAUGGAUAUAUUAAUAAGUACGUGUAUAUCUGGUAUAUUUGUUAUUAUUAGUAUUAUUACGUAUAAUAGUGGAUUUAUUAGUAUAAUUAAAUCAUUUGGGAUUAUAUUCUCAUUGGCAUUUGGUGUGUGUAUUCCUGUGUUAAUGGAAAUAAGUGAAGCGAGAGGAUUGUGCUUUUUAAAUAAUAAGGGAGUACGUGGUAAAUUAUGUAAGUUAUUAAGUGUACUUGUGAUAUGCUUGGGCAUAAUGCAUAUUAUAUACAUAAGUGUGCCUUUAUUGGUUUUGGAUAGCUCUGGUGAUAUUAUUAGUAAUAUAACUGAUAAUGUAUAA